AUGGAGACUCUCUCGAUUCCCGCCGCUGCGUGGUUUUCCGGCGGCUCCAUUUAUCCGUCGCACGCGAGGCUUUCUCUGCCGUACCUCCUUCGGAAACCACCGAGCAGGAAUCACCCCCGCUUGUCCGCCUUAAAUGCCGCUUCUCGCUCUGUGAGUGAGCUUGUGGAGGAGGAUGUGCUGCAAAUGUUCUUGAAAGACAGAGAAGAAAAUGGAGAUUUCAUUUCCAAAGUUUCUGAUAGGCUCUGGUUGCGAGAAAUUCUCGAAUCUAUUGAUCUUAAUUCUAAUGGAGCCUCUUCUUCAGCUGUUGAACUUAAUAACCAGGAGAGCUUGAUGGAAAGCGCAGAUGAUGAUGAUGAUGAUGAUGAAAGCGGUUUCUUGAAACUUAAACCGACACAAGAAUGGAUUGUUGGGGAAAGUGAUUCCGCUCCCAUGAAUAGGAAAGCUUUAGCUAAGGCAUUACGAGAUGACAGCGAGAGAAGGAAGAAGCUGAACUUUCUGAAAUAUGAAGCUCUGAAGCGUGAGCUGAUGUACCUGUCAAUUGUAAUUGGAACCGGGUGCAGUGGAUAUUGCUUACUAGCUUUAUCACCCCAAGCUGCCAUCAGUUAUGCAGUUGGAGUUGUUUUCAGUUGUUUGUACCUUCAGCUUUUGUACGGAUACGCGGAUGGUGUUUCACGUGAAGCUGUUCCUAACAUCUUCCUAAAAAAGAAGUCUAAAAAAAUCGGGAUUAGAAGUGAAGACCUUCAAGACUUUGUAGAGAGGACCAUCAGGGGAAGUGGCAUGGCUCUCUCUUCCCCACGUCUAGUGAUUCCAGCUGCAAUCUAUGCUUUCUGGCUACUCUCUCACAAGUAUUUCCAAAAUGACUCGUUUGAUUUUCAGAUAGUACCAGCCAUGGUUGGUUUGUUUGUAUACAAAGCCGCAGCUCUGGUUCAAGUGUACAGAGACAACCAAGAUCUCCAGUUCAUCUUCCCGGACGAUCUGUGA